UCCGCCGGUACGGAGGGGGAAGCGUACCUGGGGCUGCGCGGGGCGCGACCACGGGGGCAACUGGACCCGAGGAGGCGGCAGGUGAGGGGCUUCGGAGCUUGCCAAGCGCUCCGGAGUCCACGCAGGACUGGGCGCCGCGGCCGGGCGGGUCGCGGGCCUGGGAAGAACACGAACGUCUCGCUUCAUCGUCGGUGUGCGGCUUUCCCGGCUCUGGACUACACUUCCCAUCGUCCCCCGCGGCGUGCGCCCUGCUUGCGCCCCCUGUCGGCGUCAGGGCUUAUAGCCCGGGUCCCUGGACCCCUUAGCUCUGCCAUCUCAGGACUCUGCCCUUCCCCAAGAGAGAAACCAGGAGGAGGACCCAUCAACCCAUGAAAUUUUGACAGUCAUGUCCCUUGGUUCAGACUUGUUCAGGGAUGUGGCCGUAGUCUUCUCCCAAGAAGAAUGGGAACAGCUGGCGCCUGCUCAGAGGGAUUUGUACAGAGAUGUGAUGUUGGAGAUCUAUAGCAACCUGGUCUCACUGGGUUUUGCCAUUUCCAAACCUGAUGUGAUCUCCUUCCUGGAACAAGGCAGAGAGCCCUGGAUGGUGGAGAAAGUAGCGACAGGAGGCCAGUGCCCAGUACUGGAGUCCAGGUAUGAUACUAAGGUAUUAUCUCCAAAGCAGCACAGUUAUGAAGUACAAUCACCCCGGUGGCAGAUAAUGGAAAGCCUUACAAGUUAUGGUUUUGAGUGCUCAAGUUUCCAAGAUGAUUGGGAAUGCAGAAGUCAGUUUGACAGGCAAGAGGGAAAUCCAGAUGGACAUUUGAGUCACAUGAUAAUCGAUAAUGAAGAAAUGUCCACUUUUGACCAGCAAGCAUCUCUUACUUUUUAUCAGAAAAUUCAUAUUGGAGAAAAACCCUAUGGAUAUAAUGAAUGUAGAAAAGACUUCUGGCAAGAGGACUUCCUUAUUAAUCAUCAAGGGAUUCAUACUAAUGAGAAACCCUACAAAUGUAAGGAAUGUGGGAAGGCCUUUAAAUAUGGCUCACGACUAAUUCAACACGAGAAUAUUCAUUCUGGCAAGAAACCGUAUGAAUGUAAGGAAUGUGGAAAGGCCUUCAAUUCUGGUUCAAAUUUCAUACAACAUCAGCGAGUUCAUACUGGUGAGAAACCUUAUGAAUGUAAGGAUUGUGCAAAGGCCUUUAGUCGAAGCUCACAGUUGAUUGAACAUCAACGAAUUCAUACUGGUGAGAAACCCUAUCAGUGUAAGGAAUGUGGCAAGGCCUUCAAUCGGAUCUCACAUCUUAAAGUACAUUAUAGAAUUCAUACUGGUGAAAAACCCUAUGCAUGCAAGGAAUGUGGGAAGACCUUUAGUCAUCGUUCUCAGUUGAUUCAACAUCACACUAUUCACACUGGCAAGAAACUCUAUGAAUGUAAAGAAUGUGGGAAGGCCUUUAAUCAAGGCUCAACUCUUAUUCGACAUCAGAGAAUUCAUACUGGUGAAAAACCCUAUGAAUGUAAGGCAUGUGGGAAGGCCUUUAGGGUGAACUCACAACUUAAGCAACAUCAGAGAAUUCACACAGGAGAGAAACCCUACCAAUGUAAGGUAUGUGGUAGGGCUUUCAAACGGGUCUCACAUCUUACUGUACAUUAUAGAAUUCAUACGGGUGAGAAACCAUAUGAAUGUAAGGAAUGUGGGAAAGCCUUCAGCCAUUGCUCACAACUGAUUCAACAUCAGGUAAUUCAUACUGAGGAAAAACCCUAUGUGUGUAAUGAAUGUAGAAAAGGUUUUUGGCAGAAGAAAUGUCUUCUUAGUCAUCAGAAAAUUCAUACUGGUGAAAAAUCUUAUCAAUGUCAGCAAUGUGGGAAGGCUUUCCAUCGCCGUUCCUAUCUUCCUCAACAUCAGAGAACUCAUAGUGGGGAAAGACCCUAUGAAUGUACAGAAUGUGGAAAGGCCUUUGGUUCUGUUUCACUCUUUACCAGACAUCAGAGAAUUCAUACUGGUGAGAAACCCCAUGAAUGUAAGGAUUGUGGAAAAACCUUUGUUCGGCUCUCACAACUUAACGUGCAUCACAGAACUCAUACUGGUGAAAAACCCUAUCAAUGUACUGAAUGUGGAAAAGCUUUCAGUUACUUAUCACUGAUUAUUAAACAUCAGAGAAUUCAUACUGGAGAAAAGCCCUAUGACUGUAAGGAAUGUGGAAAGGCCUUUAGAGGUAUCACACAACUUAAUGAACAUCAAAGAAUCCAUACUGGUGAGAAGCCAUAUAAAUGUAAUGAAUGUGGAAAGGCCUUUGGCCAUCGUUCAUAUCUUCCUCAACAUCAGAGGAUCCAUACUGGUAAGAAACCUUACAAAUGUAAGGUUUGUGGGAAAGCCUUUAGGCAGGGCUCACAGCUUAACCACCACCAAAGAAUUCAUACUGGUGAGAAACCCUAUAAAUGUAAUGAAUGUGGGAAGGACUUUAGGCAGGGCUCACAGCUUAAACAACACCAGAUAAUUCACACCGGUGAGAAGCCUUAUGAAUGCAAGGAAUGUGGGAAAGCCUUUAGUCAGUGCUCACAACUUACUCGACAUAAGAAAAUUCAUUCCUAAUGUAUGUAAGAAAUGUGGGAAGGCCUUCGGGCACUCUCAUCUUCCUCAACUUUAAGGAAUUCAUGCUAUGGAAAAUCCCUAUAAAUAAGUGAAGCAAAGACUUCACUGGUCUCAUCCCUCAGGGAACAUCAGCUAAUUAUGUACAACCUUGUGUAAUGUGGAAACGCUUUUUGGUUCAAUUCAUGUUACAUUCAUCAGCAGAUUCAUCACCAUCACAUUCAACAUUAAAGACCAUAUUAAUAUGAUAAUGUAGCAAAGCUUCCCAACACUACCUAUCAAUUAUUAGUAAUUGGAAAAUUCAUGCUGGCUAGCAACCAUCAAAGUAGAGAAAUUUUGGAAACCCUUUAGUUUAAGCUAAUUCUAACUUACAUAAAAGAAAGCAAAAGAGAAAGUAAUCCUGUGAAUGUCAGGUAUGUGGGAAGUUCUUUAGCCAUAAGUCUCUUUUAAUCAGAAAAUUCAUAUUUGAAGAAUGUAAGUUAAAAAAAAUCCCCAUUCAUCAUUUAUUGUGCAUCAGAAAAUACACAGUGAAUACAACACCACACAUUUAAAAACAACAGUUAAACAUUUAACUAUCAAGUUGAGGAAGGUGUGGAGAAGUUUGUAACAAAUCAUAUAGGGCUAUAGCUCAGGUAAAAAUGUAAUAAAUUAGACAUUAACAAAAUAUUUAUGUUACAUACUACCUAUUUUCUCCUUAAGUGAAACAAUGAGAGCACGAUGAAGUGAAUGAGCAGUAUAAAACAAAACCCAUGGGAUGUGACCAUAUCUAUACUCAACGUUACUACUUUAAAUGCAUUUAUAGAUAAGAAAACUACAAACAAUGUAAAUAAUAAGUGAACCAGAGACCUCGAAAAGGUAGAAAAUGAACAUAACUCACCAACAGACAGAAUUAAGAAAAAAAUUAAUUGAAAUUUAAACAGAGAAGUAGGUUUUAUUAACCUUGAAGCCUUUUCUUUAAAAAGAAAAUAUAAGCACUUAUAAAUUUCGUAAAAGUAUGCUACAGUAUUGUUAAAAACGAGGAUGUAAUAACACACAUAAAGAGUAUUCAAAAAUAAGGUUGAAUGCUUUACAUUUUUGAUACCAAUAAAUUUCAAAUUUAUAUAUACUUCACUUCCUAUAAAGAAAAAACUAAGUUUUCCAGAGUUGACUGAAUAUUAGAAAAGGACAGAUUUUAUAGGGAAUCCACUUAAGUGUUUUUUUUUAACUGUAAUAUUAUCAGUUGUUAAGAGCAAAGAUUUACCAAACUAUAAGUGUAUAGAAAAUAUCUAUGAUACAAAUUUCCAAGUUUGAAAACAUGCAGAUUCAUCAGCUCCUUUUCUGAAUCUUGCAUAAUUUCAAUAUAUAAACAGAAACCAAGAUUUGCAGAUGUCCUCAACCUCCCAAAUUACAAAAAAAUGUUGAGUACCUAUGAGAGCCAGGUACUUUUCUACAUGUUAAUUGUGAAUUUAAAUUUAAAAGGUCUUAAGAACUAGCAUAUUAAUACAUCUUAGUUUUUUCUCUUUAAAAUGGAAAUAUUGGGCUUCCCUGGUGGUGCAGUGGUUGAGAAUCUGCCUGCCAAUGCGGGGGACACGGGUUUGAGCCCUGGUCUGGGAAGAUCCCACAUGCCGCGGCGUGACUAGGUCCGUGAGCCACAAUUGCUGAGCCUGCGCGUCUGGAGCCUGUGCUCCGCAACAAGAGAGGCCGCGAUAGUGAGAGGCCUGCGCACCGCGAUGAAGAGUGGCCCCCACUUGCCGCAACUAGAGAAAGCCCUCACACAGAAACGAAGACCCAACACAGCCAUAAAUAAAUAAAAUUAAAAAAAAAAAAAAAAAAGGAAAUAUUUUUAAACCAGUAAUAUAUUCAUUAGUAUUUUUUAAACUAGAAGAUUAUUUUCCCGGAAUUUACCAGAACAUAUCUAUUUCCAAGUUUGAUUAUUCUUCCACAGUUUACACAGAUUAACUAAAAGGAAAAUAUUUAAAAAUUACUUGAUCCUUGCAUUGAAGAAUGGUAUGAUGACAUAGGUAGAAUCAGAAUGUGAUACUUAAAAAUAAUUAUUAACCACAAAAAAUAAGAACAACUUAGAAUCACCUGAACAUAUGCAUUUUCUUUAGAAAAUGUGGAAUGUCUUCUUUUACUCAGCUUUCUUUAAAAUGGAAAUUUAAAAAAAUGAGUAGAAAGCUACAUUUCUGAAUUUUUACGUAACUUAUACAAAUGUUUGUAAAGGCUGUCCUUGGAAGAGAACUGAACAAAACUUUAGCUAAGCAAGUUUAACCUAUGUCUCAAGAAGACCAGUUCUAACUAUGUCUUCCUCUAUAUCAAAUGACAACAUUACUUUUGAGGUUUCCUUCAGUCAAGUAUAAAAAGGAAAAUUUCAUAAUAUCAGUGUUUUGCUUUAUUUUUAAAGUUUGUAUUUAAGUAUCUCUGAAAUCUUUAAGCAUGAAGCUUGAAAGAACUGCUUGCAGUCCUAAAAUGUAUUAUUUUGUUUUUGUUUUGUAGGAAAUUAUGUUAAUAGUCCUUGAAAUAUAUGCUUCUUAAAUUCCUCUGUUACAUUGUGAACGACAUCAACAUAAUUUUUCUUCUUUUUGCUUUAGUCUUCCAACCGUAUAUAUUCUGUGAAAAUUUCUAAACAGAGAGAAAGCAAUAUUCUCUAUUUCCAACUUUUGUUAGGUUUUAGGAUAAAUAAUUGACAAGAUCAGAAUGAAGUCAUUACAGCAAUCAGUUAUUACUGUUUCAGUUAUUCUUGAUCUGUGACAACUGUUCUUCACUAUACCAACAGAAUGUUUAAGUGGCUAUAAUAAACUCAGUCGAUUGCAUAUAUAAUCUUGUAUAAUUAUGUGAAAGAUAUUUCUAAUACACUGAGAUUAUUCCAAGUAUAUUUUUAUAUUAACAUAUACCUUGACAUGCCUACAAACAAUAUCCUUUCCAACAUUUAUUCCAUAUCAUAAUGUUGGUAUAUGGACAUUCCUUUUAUUUUAUGUAUGCUAAUAUGCAUGGUGGUAUCUCACUGUGGUUUUAAUCUGCAUUUCCCUAAUGACUAACAUUGAACAUGUUUUCAUGUACUUAUUUGCCAUCAGUUAAUCUUUAAUGAAAUAUCUGUUCAAAUCUGUGGCCCAUUUAAAGUUGGUUUGUUUGCUUGCUUUUGAGCUUUGAGUGCUCUUUAUAUAUUCCAGAUCAAAUCCCUUUUCACAUUUGUGAAAUGCAAAUUUUUUCUAGGCUGUUAUCUUCUCAUCUUAGGAGUAUGUUCUGAGGAGUAGAAAUUCUUAAUUUUUGAUGAGGUCAUUAUUUAUCAUUUUUAUCUUUUAUGAAUUGUGUUUUUGGUGUCAUAUCAAAAGAAAUCUUUCCCUAACCUAAAGCCACAAAUAUUUUCUCCUAAAAGUUUUGUAGUUUUAGGUUUUACAUUUAGCUCUAUCACAUUUUUGAGUCAAUUUUUGUAUACGCUGCAAGAGAUGGAUCAAAGUUGGUUUUUGUUUGUUUUUUUUUUGCGUAUAGAUAUCCAGUUGUUCCUGCGUCAAUUGAUAAAACACUUUCCAUUCUCCACUGGAUUGCCUUUGCUUCUUUUUCAAAAAAAAUCAAUUGGCCAUAUAUGUACAGGUUUAUUUCUGGACUCUAGUUUGUUCCAUUAACCUUUUUCUGUCUUUAUGCCAAUACUCUCUUGAUGACUGUAGCUUUAUGAGUCCUGAAGUCAGGUAAUGUAAGCCCUCCAACUUGACUCUUUUUCAAAAUUGCUUUGGGACUUCCCUGGUGGUGCAGUGGUUAAGAAUCUGCCUGCCAAUGCAGGGGACACAGGUUUGAUCCCUGAUCUGGGAAGAUCCCACAUGCCACAGAGCAACUAAGCCUGUGUGCCACAACUACUGAAGCCUGUGGACCCUAGAGCUUCCAUGCCACAAUUACUGAGACCACGCACUGCAACUACUGAAGCCCGUGUGCCACAAGAAAAGCCACCACAAUGAGAAGCCCGCGCACUGCAACAAAGAGUAGCCCCUGCUCGCUGCAACUAGAGAAAGCCCACGCGCAGCAAUGAAGACCCAACGCAGCCAGAAAAUAAAUUAAAAAAAAAAACCACUUAAAAACUGCUUUGACUAUUCAACUUUUGCAUUUCCAUAUGAAUGGUAGAAUCAGAUUGUUGAUUUCUAUUAAAAAGGCUACAGGGAUUUUGAUUGAGAUGUUGUUGAAUCUACAAAUGAAUUCUGGGAGAACUGAUGUUUUAACAAUAUUGGCAUUUCCAAUGCAUAAAUAUAUCUCUGUAUUUCUUCAACAUUUCUCUCAACUGUGUUUUGUAGUCUUUAGUGUACAGGUCUUUUAAGUAUUUCAUUUUUGGUGCUAUUUUAAUAAGUAUUUUAAUUUCAAUUUCUGAUUUUUAAUGCUAGUAUAUAGAAAUGUAAUUGGUUUUUAUAUAUUGAUCUUAUA